AUGCUACCCGCGACCCAUGAUAGCCAGGCGUUUGGCCUGACUGACGAGUUCUCUCAGAAGGACUGGGGGGGCGGUAUCGCGUCCUUUUGGAAGCUCAAGCAUGGUUGUGCCACACCUCUCGGCGACUCGGACGCUGCGCCCUGGGCCUCUAACCAGCUGAAGGACGCUAUCCGUCACUUCGACUUGCGCAUCUACUAUGACGCGCGACACGGCGAAUUCUACAGCUAG